AUGAAGGGACCUCUUGGAUUGGAUGGAAAGCCAGUAAGUAAUGAUCUAAAUAAUACAUUUACAAGUAUAUACUAUAGAGAGUAUGGAAGAUGCCCUAAAGAGGGACCUCCAGGAGCAAAAGGAGAUAAGGGAGACCAAGGUAAAGAUGGUGCUGCUGGCCCACCUGGGCCUCCUGGACAGCCAGGUUCAAGAGGGCCCCCUGGAGACACAGGAAAAGAUGGCCCAAAGGGACCACAAGGUCUUCCUGGUGAGAAAGGAGAAGCUGGUGUCACGGGUGAACCUGGUAUUCCAGGAACAAAGGGUGAUACUGGGACUUCAGGAGAACCAGGAGUUCAAGGACCAAAGGGAGAGACAGGAACUUCUGGGCCAAAAGGAGACAAUGGGUUUCAGGGGCUGCCAGGGUCAAAGGGAGAACCAGGAAGCAUUGGCGAAAUGGGAGAAAAAGGCAUAGAUGGGCUACCAGGGCUGAAGGGUGAGCCUGGUGAGAAGGGAGCAGAUGGAUAUAUCGGGCCAAGGGGACCUCCAGGCCAUAAAGGAGAACAGGGUGAUACAGUAGUAAUUGACUAUGAUGGUAGGAUCUUGGAAGCUCUCAAGGGGCCACCGGGGCCUCAAGGGGAACCAGGGCCUCAAGGCGCUCCAGGACCAAAGGGGGAGCUUGGCUUGCCUGGUCCACCUGGAAUUGAUGGAGAGAGGGGAUUGAAAGGGUCAAAAGGAGAUCAAGGAAGCGCUGGACUAGAAGGACCGAAGGGAGAGAUUGGCGAAGUGGGCAUGAUUGGUUUACCUGGCCCCAAAGGAUUGAAAGGAGAGCAAGGAAACCCUGGAGUAAUGGGACAGAAAGGAGAGAGAGGAGAAAUGGGAUUAUCUGGUCCAUCGGGAAUUGAUGGCCCUAAAGGAGAACCUGGGACACCCUGCGAGCAAAACCUUAUCAUACCUGAACCAGGGCCUCCUGGUGUGCCAGGUCUACCGGGUCUACCAGGUCCUAUGGGUCCUCAAGGAAUACAAGGACAUAAGGGCCCUCAAGGAAGUCAAGGACAAAAGGGCUCAGAUGGCUCAAAGGGUGCAAAAGGUGAAAGUGGCCACAAAGGUGAAAAAGGACCCCCUGGACCACAUGGCCCUCCUGGCACUCCUGGACUUAUUGGUUUACCAGGUACCAAAGGAGAGAAGGGAAAGCCAGGGGAACCAGGAUUAGAUGGUUUCCCUGGCCUCCGAGGAGAAAAAGGAGAAAAAAGUGAAAGAGGAGAAAAGGGAGAAAGAGGAUUGCCGGGCAGAAAAGGAGCAAAGGGACAAAAAGGAGAACCAGGCCCUCCUGGAUUAGAUCAGCCUUGCCCAGUGGGUCCAGAUGGAUUACCGGUACCAGGAUGUUGGCACAAGUGAUUCUACACGCAUGGACUAUGUAAAUAAUAGUGAGAUAAAUGUUUAUUUUUAUUAUUUUUUUAUACAAAAAGAGGAAAAAGUCACAAAAACAAUGUUUUCAACAGUAAUAUAUUGAUCUUUUUAAUACUGGAUUUGUCAUAUAUGGAUUUUUAAAAAUAUGAACAUUCCUGAGAGCCACAAGACAGACCACACACACAUACACACAUGCAGAAACACAGAAGGAGUCA